AUGGCGACCGCAGCUCUCUGCUCCGCUCCCAGCCUUUCCGCAAGCCUCGCGCUCUCGCGGAGGGGAGAAACCGCCGGAGCACAGCAGUUGCCAGUCGCGCUAAGCAGCGCGGCCGCAAGAACCGGCGCGUUCGACGUGGCCUCGCUGCGGAAGCAGCGCGGUCGUCAUGGCGUAAAUGUUGCUCGCCAGCCAGUGCAGGCCAGAGCUGGCGAUAAGCCUUCCCCAUCCGCCGAGCCGUCCGAUGCUUCUCGCGUGGCAACAACGGUGGCAGGCAAAGCCGUCGCCGCCGUGCUAGCUGCUAUUCAGGUGCUUGCGCCAGUGUCCGCCGCGUUCGUUCCCAUACUGGCGCAGCCGCCACCCGCGGAAGCCAUCCUGCUCUCCCCGGACACCAAGGUCCCGCGCAAUGCUGACGUGGCGCUCCGCCGCGCCGUGCCAGUUGUCAACGAGGCAGUCAGGAAGAUCCAAGAUGAGCUGGAGGAGAUCACAACGCUCAUGCGCAUCCCACAGAAGAAGCCAUACAAGACAAUGGCAGCCAACGUGAAUAAGGCAGUCAAGUUGGCGGAGGCCAAUCAAGCAGCGAUUCUAGAUGCUGUGCCUGCUGCCGACAGGGAGAGGGCUGCAGCCAUUUACAACGACCUUGUCAAAUCCAAGAGCGGUUUCCCCGGCCUCCUAGCAGCGAUAGAGGACAAGGACCCUGACCGUGUCUCCAUCCGCCUCGCCUCCUCCCUCAACGACGUGGCUAAUCUCUCGCUGCUGCAAGCCACAGGGCUCCAGUUCCUCAUCCCCAACCAAUACGCCAGCCUCCCGCGGCUAACAGGCCGGGCAACAGUGGAGUUUGCAGUGUUAAAGGCGGAUGGUUCCUACUUCUCCCUUGAUAACGGAGCCACCUCUGCUCUCACAGGCGUGCUGCAGGUGGUUCUGGACGGUUAUUCUGCUCCUCUCACAGCCGGAAACUUUGCUCAGCUGGUAUCCCGCCGCGCAUAUGACGGAGUGGCAGUGAAAGCCACUGACCUCGCCGUCCUAUCCGACGCUCGAGAUCCCUCUGCCGGCCGGGACGUGCCUCUUGAGAUCAUGCCAGCUGGCGAGUUCCAGCCCAUCUACCGCACACCGCUGGACGUGCAGGACGGUGAGCUCCCAGUGCUGCCCAUGUCAGUGUUCGGGGCAAUGGUCAUGGCCCACUCUCCAGAGAGUGACUCCUUCAGCCAUCCCUCGCAGUUCUUCCUCUACAAAUACGACAAGAGACGGUCUGGGUUGGGUGGACUUGCCUUUGACGAGGGCCAAUUCUCAGUUUUCGGAUAUGUGACAAAGGGUAGGGAUGUUUUGGCACAGCUUCGUACUGGCGACGUGAUUCAAUCAGCUCGUAUCGUGGCCGGGGCUGAUAGGCUAUCAGUCCCAAACGUCCUCGUACAUUCCUUCACUACACAACCCUUUCUUCCACCCCCCCACUCCCCCUCCAACCCCCUCCAUCCCUCUCCACCCCCCUCCACUGCUCUCCAUCCCCCUCCACCGCUCUCCAUCCCCCUCCAUCAGAUCGAGUUGGAGCAGUACCCCACGGGACCUCACAUAGCCUCUCGCAUGCUCUACGAGAUCCACACGCGCUUUGAUGAUGUGGAGGGGCGUACAGUGCUUGACCUCGGCUGUGGGUGCGGCACCCUAGGGAUUGCCGCAGCAAUGCUGGGAGCAGAGUAUGUGGUGGGAGUGGACGCGGAUGACUCAGCCAUUGGCACAGCACAGGCCAACUGUCAAGAGUAUGAGAUUGACAUGGACUUCAUUCAGGCAAAACUUCCCCACUUGUCUCUCACUAGUGGCUCAGUUGAGGUGGUGGUGAUGAAUCCGCCCUUUGGCACGAGAACCAAGGGUGCUGACAUGCUCUUCUUAGCAGCAGGGCUCAAGUUUCUUGAUUGUAUUCUCCUGUUGUUGUCCAUUCUCUUGUGCCCCUUACACUCGUGUGUCCUUCGUCUUCUUGUGUCCUGCCCCUCUUGUCUCUUUCUCCCUCCCCUCGUCCUGUUGUUACCCCCUCCCCUUUUGUCCCCCCCUCUUGCCUCCCUCUCCGUGCUGUCUCCAUUGUCCUGUUGUGCCACUCACCCUCUCGGGCCCCUUCAGGCUGCUUCAGUAGCCGUUUACUCUCUCCACAAAUCAUCCACUCGAGAGGUGCACAUUUCCCCUUCCGGUCCCCAUGUUUUCCCUGAUGAAUCUGCAUCCAAUUCACUCUCCUCCUAG